AUAUCACUGAGACGACGCUCUCUGAGGACAUGACUUGUGGAACAACACAACCUGCGCGGGUUUUAUAAAUGUCCCGUCAUUAAACUGACUGGACAUUUUGAUUUUCACAAUGUUGGCUUGUAAACGGAUCUUGACGCGCGCCGUGACCUCUGCUCUCCGGGGUCAUCGCAGCAGUAAUGAAGUCGUUGUAUCCGGCCGGGUGCGGAGAUGGCUGUGCACACAAACGGACGGAGAGGCCCGCAUCGCGACCGUACUGAAGGAGAAGUUCCCGUUGGCCGCAUCGCUCAAAGUUGUGGAUAUCUCAGGUGGUUGUGGAGCCAUGUAUGAGAUCCAUAUAGAGUCCAAUGAGUUCAAAGGAAAAAGGACUGUCCAACAACAUAAAUUAGUUAAUCAGGCACUCAAGGAGGAGAUUCAAGGAAUGCACGGACUGCGAAUAUUCACUGAUGUUCCAAAACAUUAGAGAAAGUCCUUCCACCGUUGAACCAUGACCUUCGUUCACCCUAUCUAUUAUGAAUGUACAGUUUUAAAGCGUGUAGUUGUUAACGUGUCUGUGGCAGAAAAGCAGAGGGACAUUGUCUCAUUGUUUCUGGCAGUUACACAUUAACAGUGGGAAAUGUGAAAUAAAUCUUUUUUAAACUAGAGAAAUUAUCUAUUCUGAGAUACAACAAGUGAAGGCUACUAUACGCACAAAAUGACAUGGGGAGGUGGGGGAUGCUUCGAAAAUGUCAAGUCAUGUAGGUUUUCUGCCCAAUGUUUUCUCAAGGUUGGUAAUACUAGUGUAAUAAUUAGCAGUCGAGGCUUAGUAAAUACAAUCGUCCUGAAAUUACUACACACUCGUUUGUGGAGCAUUAUAUUUCAUAUGUAACUCACACUGUGGUCACAAUUGAUCUGUUAUUGUUCAAUGAAAGUUGAUUGAUUUUAAAUGACUAACCAUUGGAUUGUACAUGGACCUUGUAUGCAUUCUACCUAUGCGUUGAUGAUGCACAUUUCAAUAAAAAGCAAUAGCUUUCCUCCACACACUAUACUUA